AUGGCAUUCCUGGAGGAGGUAAACAUUGUUCACAGGGAUCUUCGUGCUGCCAAUGUUCUUGUUGACAAGGAUGAGAACGUUAAGGUUGCUGACUUUGGUCUGACGCGAAUCCUACGCGACACUCCCAGCGAUAAUUCGGGCCUUGAUAAAGACGCGAUCAAGGACUUUCUGAAUUCGGGAAAACGGCUGAAGAACCCACAAUUUUGCGGAUUCAAGUGUUCCGCAGGCCUUUAUCAACUUAUGUGCUCCUGCUGGGAACUGGAUCCCAACGAACGUCCAGCGUUUAAACGAAUCGAGAUCACGUUAGAGCAAGAAAUUUUGGAAAGUAACGGCCAAAUGUAUGAUGCGGACCUAAAUGAAAGGAGGGAAGAUUAA